CGUCGCCAAACAUGGAUGGAACUGGGGACAUGGGUGUCAGAAAAAGGUUCCCAAGAAAGUUCAUCGAUUGGCACUUGUCGGAGAGUUGAUGCCUUCACCACUUUGGACAGCGUAUCCUGCAAUGCGUUCUUUUCCCAAUGAUAAUGCCAUGUUCUUCAUCUACAGCUGCGUUUCCAUGGUGGGCUUGGCUGGGGACAAAAGCAAUGGAGAUCUAUGAUCGUGUCAUGUCGCAGAAGAAGAAGCCCAAGCAGUGCGUGCUUGAGACAAUCAAUAGAACAAAUGAGAGGUGAUUUGCGUCCCGUCCCAAAUCGCAGAUCCAUGAAGUGACACGCGAAGCAGGGAGAUAUGGUGACAACGGUCGAGGAUCACGCUAGCCUCCUCUCCUCGGCCAAUCAUCGACGCCUACUCCAAAUGCGCGAGGUGGAUACGCCCCGUAAGGUGUUCGAUGCAAUGCCUCACAGAAACGUCGUCUCUUGGGAUGAACUCGUUGAAGGGGGUACCAAGACCACCACGAUAUCUACAGAGCGCCCAUCUUUCUCUCGACCUCUAAGGACUUCUUUACCGCAGAGGGAAUAGAUUUUAGGUGACAAGUUGUGUAUCACUUGAUUAGCUUUCAAGCAAUUUGAGAGGUCAGCAAGCUAUUUGUGAUUUCAUUUAUUUCAUGGCAGGAAGCUUCUGCAUAAAUAAAGGAACAGCAGGUAAAUAGGUUAGUGGAACCCGAUGGAUCAGUUGUCAUAUAUAAAGCAUGCUUAGUGGCCAAAGGGUUUCAUUAACGAUCAUGUGUUCACUUCAUAGAGAUAUUUAGUCUAGUUGUUAAACCAACAACAAUCUGACUUUUCUUGAGUUUGACUAUUAUAAAAGACUAACACAUACGACAAUUGGAUGUUAAUAAUACUUUCUUAUAAGAUACCCUCAGAUGU